AGGCCACAUAUAAUGUGAUAUUGUGACCCUUAAGGUUACCUAAAUUCAGGCAUAUAUAUAUACCUGAAUAAUAGCAGGUCGUGGUAAUUAGUAACUGUUCAGUAUAAACCAGCAUAAUAUAGACGAUUUGCUCAUGCUUUAUUUAUACAUAAAUUAAAAACAAAAAAAGUAAUUCAUAUUUAAAUAUAAAGCAACCUGGCAUCCUUUGUCUGCAUUUUUUUUUAAGGGAGCGGGUCGAGCACCCACUUGCCAGUACUGGCCAUGGUAGCUAAAUCGGUCAUAUAUUUUGAUGUCAAAGCAACUUCCAAUAUAAGCAAUCUUGGUACAUAUUAUAGCGUGUAUUAAACGGUGAUUGAUUUCUAACAUUUUUAACUGCGCAACAGUAUUUAGUCAGUGACAGAUCCAGCGCCCCAGGCAUCAUCUGGCCUGCGCGAUCAAAUUAAGUUCUAUUUUGUGUAAAACCAGACAAAUAUUAAAAAUGCUCACAAUUAAACACUGAAGAGAGAAAAGGAUUUAGUUGUGUUCUUUAUAACACUAACAAAUAUUGUUAUGGUACACAGAAGUAAAACUGCGUUGAAAAAGUUCAUUAUCUGUCAUUGUCAGAUGUGGCAGCGUCGCGAUAGUUAGUAAACAUGUCGACACAGACACAAUGGCACUGGAAUCUGCUGCCUAGUGUAAUUUUAAUCGAAAUUCUUUCUUAUCUUCCGCUGUCUGAUAGAAUUAGUGCAUGUUCUACCUGUAAGGCAUGGCGUUCUGCCCUUUUUCACCCAAGUUUUUGGCGAAGAAUAGAGUUGGUGUUUAAAUCUUGUGAUUGGAGUGGGCUGGAGAGAUCUCGCUUUGUGGCCUCUUGGGGCGUCAGGAAACUACGGUCUUGUAUCCUCCAUCUGGAAACUGUCAACACCAAUUGCCUGGUUGAAGCAGACCAUGUUCUUCUGAAGCUCACCAGAAACCCACAGGUGGAGGAGCUAAUUUUACUACCAAGCCAUUGCCAUACAUUCAUAAAGGGUCAUGAUCGCCCAUACUACCUCCGUCACAACAACAACAACAAUAAUAAUAAGAACACUGCAACUCGUACUCGAUGUCUACCUUGUUCAAGAUCAUCGUAUCAGUUCAUUGAGAGUGCCCAGGAAUCAUUGCAGAGCAUCAUCAGCAAUAGUCGAAAUCUGCGUACCCUUACUCUAGGCUGCAUCCAAGACUUGACUGAUCAAGCAGAUAUAUUUCUUCCAUUGCUGGCCCACCACCAGUCAACUUCCAUCUCGACCCUUGGUUUGGCCUCAGUCAAGUAUGACCCAAAUUCUUAUGCUCUGCUUGACAUCACUCCAGACAAUUUUACUGCCUUUACUAACUUGCAGGUUUUAACUUUAGAUUAUGACUAUAUGAGUGACCGUCUGCUUAGUGUGUUGUCCUCGCCCUACAACUCUCCAAUAAGACGAUUAAUUCUCCAUGUCCAUGGAAUUGAUCAAACCCACCGUGGUACUACUGAAUACAUGUGGUAUCGCUUCAAACAACAACAUCCUCAGUGUUCCUUGGUGAUAAACUUGAUGCACUCGUAUGAUGGAGUGGAACAGUUAGGGUCUGGUCUACUACAUCCCUCCAUGCCCCUUACACACUUCAGAGCUUUCUUUUGUGAAUGGAUAAAUGUAGCAGCACUCCGCCUAAUGAGCAAUUGGUAUAGUGAAACACUGCAUCACUUGACAUUAGUUGACUCAUUGGAUCACAGUGGUUGGGGAAUGCUCACUGAAGGUCGUGAUGAAGAUCAGGAAUCCCCAGACCCACUGGUCAUGUUGGCCUGGAAAUGUAAACAUCUAGAACAUCUCUCACUGUUCGGUUAUGGAUAUGGUGGAAGUGACGUUGUAGCCAUUGCACGACUCCGUGGCUCAGGCUUGAAGCAAUUGUUGAUCCCUGAAGAUUGUCUCGAGGCAGAUGACUCUCAUGAACUAGCAAAUGAAGAGGAUAUAAAUAAUAUAGCUGAGGAUGUUUCGGCUGGUUUGGGUAGAACAUGGCGUCCAUUGACCUUGUCAGACCUUCAUCCCUGUGUUCGUACUACGAGUAGUUCCGACACCGACCAGUAUAUACUCCCAAUUGUUCUUGCAGAUUCUGUGAUAAGUUGAAACCCUCAAAAGCAGUAAGUGAAGUUAAAUAGCUUCAAAGUAACAUACUUCAAAGGGUAAAGGUAGUUUUUAAUUAAAGGUAAUGAAAGGUAUAAGAGUAUAUACAGUACAUCAUUAUGAAAAUAGGCUAAUGUAUCUGCAAAAUAUUUAAAAUAUACAUUAGAAUUUAUUAUAAAUAUAAUUUCGAAAUAAAUAUCGAGUCCUCUAUAUGGACUUCAUCAAUAUUCAUUAAGUUGUAUAAUGCAAAAUAAUCAAUGAUGACAUUUUCAAAGAAAAUAUUGACAAAGACAAAUGGUACAAAAACUUGAGUGGUAAUCCAGUAUAAGAAAGAAAUUUCAGGAUGGUUGAAGUGUUGAUAAUGUAAGUGAUCCAUUACUCAGUCACCAAGAUGUAUAAAGAAGUAUAGUACUUCUCAGUAUUUUGCGGAGUUUAUUUCCUACGGACAGUUGGUGUAAACACAAAACGUGUGUGUAUCACAGUCAUUCAAUAUGUUCCUCUAGGCUUAUCCCACUUAUGAUACCGGUAUGAGAGUCAGGCUACUCUAAUAAUGUCAUAAUACACCAUUUGUCUUUAUUGCACAUAAUCUCAUCUAAUGCAGUUCUGACUUAAUUUAUACUGUAGUAUAAAUACUAUUAGUGUUCAUCCAUAGGCCACUGACAUACAAAAUACUUAACAGUUGUAUUAGGUAUUUAUUCUCGUGAAUAUUUUGAGUGCCUGGCUGAGCUAGAAGUUGAUUUAAAGCCCCAGAAAGUUACACAUCAAUCAUUUGUAAAUAAUAUCAAUAGUUUAGCAGAUUAUCAUGAAACAACUCUACUCAAGUCAAUCUGCCAUAUGCAUAAAUGGUUUGAGGGAAUCUCUUGCAUUCACAUAAAAUGGAUGAUUUUAAAACUGUGAUCCGAGCUAUUAUAAGGAUUUAAAAAUUUUAUUUGAGCACAUUACCCAGUGUAUAAUAAGUUGAUCCUUUCCUUUUCUUUUUUAAGCAAUAUAAAAUUUUAUGGAAAUACUUGUUAAAUUUAUCUAAUACUGGGGUAAAUUGUUCAUAUAAGUGAUAAUAAAUAUAAUCACUUUUUUAAGUAGUGCAGUAAUUUACCGAGCUGUAAUACGCAAGUUUGGCAUUUCACUGUUCCAGUGAGAUGGCAGAAGGAUUAACAACCUAAUCUUGCACACCAUUAGUCUUUUUAACAUUUCCCAAGACUGAAUCACUCCAUUUUUUUAUCAAAUGUGUUGUGCAAUUCAAAGUUGUGCUUGUUAUUAGUCAGGGGUUGAGACUAUCAAGACACAGAUUUUAGCUAGCAUAGAGAUGUAGCCAAUACUGCAUGUGAUAUUGCCAUUUUUUUAAAUAAAUUAAAUGUUGGCCAAAUAGUUUAAGAAGGUGAUAGAAAAAUGAUAUCUACUACAUUCCCCCUGAACACACACACACACACACAUGCGCGCACACACACACUCGCACAAUAUUAUUUAUUGCUCUGGGGGAAAUGACUUGUACACAUUUUGUAUUUCAUAAGAAACAACAAUGCACUAAUAAGGCUUGUGAAAAUAAUUGCAACUUAUUUUUUUAUAUAUUUUUUUUUGUUGCAAGAUAUAUUUUUCAUUUAUAGAAAGUGUCAAUAUUCAUGUACAAAGUCCAAGUGUAAUAUAUUUGACAACGAUGGGGGAAGCUCUGAAUGCAUGUUGUGACUAUUCCUCACACAGAGCUUAAUGUUGAAGCGGUAAAUUUGUCCAUAUAUGAAUGAUUCUGAAGAUCCAAAUACUGACAAGAAAUUGCAGUAAGUCGUGUUUUUGCUAAUAUAUUUUUUACUUGAAGCUAAAAAUUCUGCCAAGAUUCUACAUUCCACAUUGAAAAACUUAAUAAUGAACAAAUGUUUUUAGGCUGUUGCUUAGUAAUAGAUUACUGUAGUUUUUAUUUUAAAGAUUUUUUUUUUAAUUAUGAAUUGUUUUUCCUGCUAAAAUAACAACAAAUUAAAGUACUGUACAUCAUUUACCAGUGAUCAUUUCUGUAAUACAUUGGCAUACAUUCAGUUCUUCAGUGCACAUGUUUGGUAUAUGCAAACAUUUCUCCAGCAGGAAGCAAUGAAACUGCAUUUCUUUUCUUAUUUUAAAUCUUUGAUGCAUGUUCUUCUGGGAGCUUCCCAUUCUUGUGGAGUUGUCACAUGCACUUCCCCAGGUAUUUCAGAUGCUUUAAAGUGUUAGACUUGAAAUACCUGAAACAUUUGUCAAAAAAUUCUAUAACUUUCCUUAUAUUUAGUUACUGGUAGAAUUUAGGUUUGCCUUGUCAACUAUUUUAGUCUCCCAUUAUUUAUUUGCAGGAUUCAGCUGCAUAACUUUCAUCUAAUCUCCUCAGUUAAUGAAUAUCUUUCCCCCAUUUGCACAUGGAUUCAUUUGAUAGCAGUCUUUUGCACUGCAGUGUAAAGGUGUCAUCAAAUGGCCAUUUUCUUCCAUUGUCAAGCUAAUUAACUUUUGACUUUUAUCAGUUUGGCAUGCAUAUCAUAGUCCUACCUUUUGUAACCACUUUAUUUAUUUUACCACAAAAUUGUGUAAUUUAAUUUGUAUUUUGUAAAUGCUAUUCUAGUAAUCUUUUUCUUGUUUGCCACACCAUGGAGUAAGCUUACCUUAUUUUGAUUAAUAAGACUUUACAAAUUUUAUUUAACUAAAUCGACAAGUAUAACACUCUUGGAAGAACAAACUGAAUGCAUCCAACAGGUUAUCUAUCAGGAUUGAGUCAUAAUAAAACUAUUGUCAUUUUCAGCCACAAUGAUAACCCUUUGCAAUGGUGUUGAUUUCAGGUAAAACUUUAAUGUGCUGAUUUUGUCCUUGGUCAUUUACAAAGGGUAAUUACAGAAAAUGCCUGCACUUUAAUAUAGAUGGUAAUAUUGGGAAAAUAUUUAUCUUUUGUACAUUGGUUUAACACACUCUCAAUUUUUUUUUCUAAGGCAAUCUUAAAAGAGGUCUCCCUAUUAGGGAAUAUCUUGGUUAUUAUUAGUUACUACUUUUUUUUUUUUUUUUUUUUUUUUUUUUUUUUUUUUUUAAUUAAGGAUUGAGGCCCAGUGCUAAAAUGUUAUUCAUCACUGAAAUAAGUUUAUUUGGGCAAUUUUCAUUUGAGCUUCAUGAAAUGUGUUCAAAAUACACAGAAAGAAAUUUUCAAACCUAGUUAGGUCUGUUUAUUUUAAAGAAGAGUGGUUAGGAAUAAAGUGAUUAACAGAUAAUUAAAGAACAUAAAUUCUUAUUACCUACUUCACGUCAUUAACAUUUUAAUAUUUGCCGUGAUAAUCAUCCACUAACAUAAACAGAUGGUAGAGAUUUAUCUUGUACAUUUAUAGCGGAAAGCUGCCAAAUUUUCUUAUUAAGGAACAGGAAUUCUACCAUUAUCAUGAGUCUAAAUACUAAACUACAAACGUACACGGAUAUAUUAAAGAUAGUCGCUUAUAUAAUAUGGUAACUGGAGAAAAUAAUAGGGAAUAAUUAGGAACUGUGGAGUAAAAUAUUUAGGAUAAUAGGAACACUUUUGCUUGAAGGAGUUUAUUAUUUCAAGAGUAUAUAAUUCUAUACAACAUAAAUGUAGUUAAAGUAAAAUUACUACUUAGAAUAAAAAGGAUAAAAAGAAAGGAUUUCCUCCAGCCAUCAUUUAGCUCUGGUAGUACUGUAGGUCUGUAGCUGGGUCAGUGUGUUUAUAUAUGAACUUCCUUUGCUUGUACUAUUAUAGGUAACUUUAGUGUUUUAUUGGCAGAAAAUUGGACUAUAAACAUUUUUUCUAUAUUGUUACAUAAUUUUUUUAUACAAAAUAACUUUGCUGAAGUUAUAGUAAAGCAAGUUUCAAAUUCGAAUACAAACUUGUAUGAUAUCGGCAAAAGCAGUUAAAAAACAAAUUGCUGUGAAAGUAUCAUCUUUAUUGAUGAGUAAGAAAUGUUGAAAAGAUGAUCGGUAAAUGUUGAUAUGAGUUUUGUAUUUUAAUUAUAAAUGAUUGAAUGCUGGAUAUUAGCACACUUAGUAUUUAUUUUCAUAACCAUAUAAAUUGGGUAAUGAUUCUUUUAGUUAAAUAAAGCACAUUAUAUAGCUAACAAUGAAAUCUUUGUUAAGCUUGAUUUUGUUAUAACAUUGCUUAUUAGGAAAAUAUGGAAGAUUUACUUAAGCACACAUUAGUUAUUUUUAGCAUUAUCUAUGUAAAUGGAAGAUAAUCAAUACAUCUACACUACCUUGUCAUCUAUAUUGAAUACCUUUAAUGUUUUAUGAAGAAUUUGUAACGAAACAAAGUAAAAGUGAGAAGGUAAACAGUGACUAAUAAUGAAGUUUUGGGAAGAUAAAAAAAAAUAAAAUAGGCAAUUGUGUUCUAUAAAAUUUUCUUACAUAUAUGGGAUGAAAGUAUUUAGACAUUUUAAUAAAAUCAAGAAAAAUAUUUUAACUGGUCAGAAUAUCCAUCAUUAAAUACACGUAUAGGAAACAGAGUAUGUGAAAAGGUUUUGUUUAAAAAUGUGUACAGUAAAAUGGAAAUCUUAAUACAGUGCAUUAGUAUGUGGUAUGUAUUUUGUCAUUUGCAAAUCGGUUUAUAAUUCUUUGGCUCUUGUGCAAAUGAGGUUGUCAUCGGCUGUUUAAGCUUCAGGAUUU